GCAACGCAGUCGUCCACGCCAAAAAGUGUCGUCGCGCGUUCUCUAGUUCCCUUCCUUUUCGUCGAGCCUGUGUUGACAGACAGAUAUAUAUAGGCUCGUGACAAGACGUAUAUAUAGUGACUCGAGUCGAUGCGAAUUAGUGCGCGAAUCGAUCAGUGAUUGGACUAUGACUGUUAAAGUUUUACAAGACUCGUGUGUGGUGCAAUGGAUACAAUAGUUGAUGCAACGAAGCAAUAAUAACACACGCACACCCACACACAUCUAUAUGCAUGCAUACAAAACACACUCACACUCGUAGAAAAGCACCGGAGAGCAAAGGACAGACGGUGUCGUCCGAUCGUCGAUAUAAUACAACAGGCUGCACGACAGACGCGAAAAAUUGUGCGACAUACUGGAUCGAGUUGGGCGUCGCAACGCAUUCAGCGAGGAGGAAAAAAUAGCAGCAGUCAUGACCGUUUUAAGAAUGACGUCGCCCUUGACACCGGCAGCGUCGAGCAGUCCCCGCUCGUCGGAACCCAUCGGCAGCCAGCAGCAGGUGAGUCCGAGUCUGGCCGUCUCCUCGGCCAGGCCCGCGGCCCAGAGGCUCAGCUUCUCGGUGGCUGCCCUGCUGGCCGACGACAAGAGGGACCAGCAACAGCACCAGCACCACCAGCACCAUCAGCACCAACAGCACAACCAGCAGCGCCGGGGACAGAUCGCGUCGCCCUCGCCGCCGCCCUCCCUAUACCUGCCCAGCUACGCCAUAAGGAAUCACGUCGCGGCGAGCGACGGUCCGACGGAUUUGCGCACGACCAGCCUCAGUCCGACGGAUCUCAGCUCGAAAGAGAGCCGACUGGCCGCGGCUCGCUCGGCCCGCCAGAACCAGCUGAAUCAGCUGCAUCAGCUGCGCUACUCCGAGUCGCCGCCACGGGAGCUGCACCUGGCCUACCCCAAGUCCCCGAUGAGCUCGAGCCAGGAGGAGGCCAACUCCGAGACGGACGACGGGGCCAGCCUCAUCGACGUCGUCGACAUGCACGACAGCAGCGAGGGCAGCAGCUCGGCGCCUCUGCUGGGCUGUAGCAGCGGCUCGCAGACCAUGUCGACGACGACGCAGGCCACGACGACGACGACACAGCACGCGCCCGGCCCGGUGAGGCCCACGCCGGCCUACAUCGGCGGCUUCUCGGGCCUCGGCAACCUCGGGGGUGUGCUGCAUCCGGCGCUCUGGACUAGUCAUCAGAACUCGGCGGUGGCUGCGGCGGCGGCUGCGGCGCACCAGGCCAACUUCUUCCCGGCGCACUUCGGCCAUCAUGCUCCGCUCAACGAAAACGGCGAGCCGGCAAAAAUCAAAUGCAAUCUGCGCAAACACAAGCCAAACAGGAAGCCCAGAACGCCCUUCACCACGUCACAGCUCAUGGCUCUGGAGAAAAAGUUCCGCGAGAGGCAGUACCUGAGCGUGGCCGAACGAGCCGAGUUCUCCUCGUCGCUGCAUCUCACCGAGACUCAGGUGAAAAUCUGGUUCCAAAAUCGACGAGCCAAGUCCAAGCGGCUGCAGGAGGCCGAAAUCGAGAAGGUCCGGAUGAACGUGGCCCGACAGCACCACGUAGCGCUUUACGGAUCGCAUCCCGGCCUACUGGCCUCGGCAGCGGCCCUCUACCCGGUGAGCAUGUUAGGGCCCCAUCCGGUGCUGGCCCCGCCACCGCCACCUCCGCCGGCCGCUCAGCCACCACCACCGCAGCAACAGCAGCAGCAGCAACCCUCGCAACAGUCACAGCAGCAGCAGCAGCAGUCUUCGCAACAGUCGCAGCAGCCUCAGCGAGAGGCCUGAAGCAGCAGCGAGACUACUCGACGAAGCUUCGAGCUCCGAGCGGCCCGCGUAUCGGCGCCGAGUGAUCACUUGUAAAUAAUUCACGAUUUGUAAAUACGAACCAUGUCCAGUCGCUAAAGCUUUAUUCACCCUAUAUACUCGUGUACAUUGGCCUCGAGGGAGCUUCUCGAAAAAUCCUCCCGAAAAUCCUAUUAUAUUACGUGUAACGUGUAUAUUACGAAUAAAUUUAUUUAUUUAUCAUUGUUGUAAAUAGUCGUCUACAUAGUCAUACGCAUACACAGACACACAAGCGCACGAGCACACACUCACUGAGUGAGAUAAAGACUGAGCUGGAGGCUCUCGAGGUCACCUCAUUCAUUCAUGUCUCUUUUGUAUAAAUGUAAACAGCGAUUAGCCAGUAGGAUUGAUAAUAGUAUAUUAUAAUAUUAAUAAUAACAAUAGUCAUAGU